AUUAAAUAUUUAAUUACCAAUUGCUUAAUACUGGCAGACAAUCAUCUGACCCAUAUGUGGCAGCCAUCUCAAGCCAGAGGACGAGAUGACUCUAGCCGCCACGCAUAUAAAGGAUUUAGAGUGAAAAACUUUGUUUUUACGGGUUAUACUUAUGUUUGACUCUCUUUAUCUUUGCAGGCAAGUCCUGGAAGGCUCUGAGUCACUCGGAGAAAAGGCCAUUCGUGGAGGAAGCUGAGCGCCUACGAGUCCAACACAUGCAGGACCACCCCAACUACAAGUACAGGCCUCGCAGGCGCAAGCAGCUCAAGAGGCUGGGCAAACGGGUGGACUCGACUCUUCUGCUCCAUCAUCAUCACCACCACCACCAGCAACAACAUCAGCAGCAGCAGCAUCACCAAGAGUUGUCUCAACAGCAGCAGCAGCAGCAGUUGCAUCAUCAGCAUCAGCAACACCAUCAUCAGCAGUUGCAGCAUCAGCAGCAGCAUCAGCAUCAUCCUCUGCUGUCCGCGGUGGAUCCGGUUCACGUUGUUUGCCGUCCGCCGGAAACGGCGCUUAGAGACCUGAGCGUUGUCGCCGGGGGACAUUUUCAAAACCACUACCACCAACUCUACCACCACCAUCAUCAUCAACAGCACCACCAUCAUCAACAACAGCAGCAGCAGCACUACCAACAUCAGCCGCACCUUCAAGGAGUUCAUCACAACAACCUUCCUCAUCAUCAGCAGCAACAGCAGCAGCUCUUGCAGAGCCACCACCACCAUCAACAACAACAACAACAUCAUCAUCACCAUCAUCACCAGCAGCAGCAGCAGAGCCUGGUGAGUGAUGCCGCGUUCGGGCUCCCGACGCCGGAAAUGUCUCCGCUGGACGUCCUCGGCGACACCGACGCCCCGAACUUUGCGCAGUCGUCGCCCAUGACGCAGGAGGUCGUUCAGGGCCCCUUCCUGGUGGCGAACGCGUCGGGCGAAGGAGGCGCGGAGGACGAGGCGAUGAGUCCGCACGUCGUGGGCACAUACCCGUCGCACCACCACCACCACCACCACCUACUCCUCCAACAGCAACAACAACAGCAACAACAACAGCAGCAGCAGCAGCACCACCAUCAUCAUCUCCAGCAGCAGCAGCAGCAGCUGCACAAUCAGCAUCCGCAGCAGGAGCAACAGAUGGUGCAGAACGGAGCGACUCCUCUGGGAUACGCCACCGACCUGAGGAGGUCGACCACGAUUGUCCACCACUUUCGGGAGGUGGACGAGUCUGGUGGAGACAGCCGAAGCGUUGCGGCUAAAACGCCCAGCGAGUCGCUCGCCCACCACCACAACAACAACAACAACACCACCACGAACAGCAGCAGCAGCAGCAGCAACCACCUCCACCACGUCCUACCUCUGUACUACAGCCAGAUGUACCACCACCAGCAGCAGCAGCAUCAUCAGCAGCAGCAGCAGCACAACUUCCAUCAUCAGCACCAUCAACAUGGCAAUCAUCAGCAUCAUCAGCAGCAGCAGCAGACCGCCAGCGGUUUCCAGCCAAUGUCUCGCAGCCACGAGGUCGGCGAGCCGUCUCCUCCUCCCGACCCGCGGCGUUUAUACAGCGACGUUGAAGAGGAGGAGGAGGAGGAGGGGGAGGAGAGGGAGGUUGCGGCGGUGGGAAGUGACGAGGUUGUGGACGGAGUGAACGAUGACAACAACGACGGUGGUGGUAGUGGUCGUGGUGGUGGCGAAGGGCUGGUGAUCGUCACGUCUGUUGGUUCAAACGGUGACGGCGGACUCAUGAGUCAAUACCUACAGCAGCAAGACGUCGGUGGAUUUGCCAAGGGUGGACUAAUGCAUCACCAGCAACAGCAGCAACAGCAGCAGCAACAGGAAUCACUGCCUCAACAGCAGCAGCAGCAGCAGCCACAAAUGGCCAGCUUUCUAUCCGUGCUUGCGGACGCUACGGCGAUGUAUUAUAGCAGCAACCCGUAUGGCUGACGGGACAUCCAUCCAGCCUCCAACCGGCUAUGCCUGGCCACUAACACUGGCUUCGUGAUUCCGUGGUGGUGAAGAUGAUGAAGAUGAUGGCAGAUGAAGUUGCAACGGCCGUCUUCGUUCGGAGACAGCGAGUGGCGGCGAGAGUGACUCUCAUUCUUCACCUGAAGACGGCUGCAUGCGUUGUAGCCGAAACGUCGUGAGAAUUAUUUUAUUAUGUUUUAUUUUUAUUAUUUUAUUACUUCCCUUCUACGUGACUUUACCAAAAGAACCAAGAAGAUGAGAGUGACUCUGCUAAAGGUGGAAUUAUAUCGAGUUAAAAGGUUACGAUUCACCGCGGAGGUAUACAUAUUCGAGGUGUAUUUAAUGAACUUUGUUUUUGUUACAAAUGUCCGCGGACUGGUUUCUUGUAACGAAUAAUGGUCGUUGAGUUUUUGGUUGACGAAUGUUCGUUACGGUGACGGCAUUGCUUGUGAGUUCCCAGAGCCCAACUGAUGAUGAUUUCUACCCUCGAGUGUGAUGGCAGUAGCACUGUAGUUCAGGUGCCUCGGUGGCGAGAUGUUAACUACCUCGCCUGGUAUACAGGAGGGUAACCUGGGUUCGAUCCCUAACCCUGACGCCUGCUGCUGUAUAUUUGGAGUUUGCAUGUUCUCCCCGUGGUCGCGUGGGUUUUUCUCCAGGCCCUACGGGGUUCCCGUCCACAUUUAGAAUCAACAUCACGCGUUUUAGAGUAUUUGGCUGCUAUACAUUUCCACAUAAGCCACUUCGUUGCGCUUUCACUUGUGGUCAGGUCGUUUUUGCAACAACAACAACAAACAAAAAGAGCUGUAUAGCUCAGUGGGACUUACCUGAUAACAUUAAAACAAUUGUUUAUAUUAUUGGUUCUUUCGGUAAAGUCACGU